AUGCGGUUUCCGCCAGUUUUUACUUGGCCAGUCGGUAAGCGACCAUCUGAGCAAAGUGAAGACUCAGACGACCAGAUGGACACCUUGAGUGCACCAGAGUCCGAUAAAGAAACGCAAUCUUUGGAUGAGGACACGAUCAAGCACGUCUGCUCUCACAUUGAUGGAGCGCUUCAAGAGUCUGAUAGGGAUAGGAGAAGGAGAAUCUACGAAGAAGCAUCGGCAAUGUCAUUCUUCGAAGUGGACAAGGCAAUCUCUCAACGAUGGGCCAUCUCCUUCUCGACCAUAAUAUCUGCCGGACAAGAUAAAGAGACCAACGAGUUACCACCAUGGGAAAAGACCUUGAAAGAAGUAGUCAGCGGCCUUUGUCGGCUUUUCAACUUUUUCAUCCCCUUGGGAUACCCGUGUGUGAUAGCGGACAAGUUUUGGGGAGCAAUCAAUGAUCUCGUCACCAUCAUCCCACAAAUAUGUGACACAUUCGGAAUGCUCGAAUUGACCGAACGAACUCGCCAUCCGAACAUGCCGGCGUUGUUUUAUAUAGUCGAUAUUACCAGCGAGGAGCAUGCUGACCUUCGAGAUAUGGCGGAUGUGGAUGUACUUAUUAAAGACAUUACACUCUGCAAUAAAUGCGAGAAGUCUCGAGCGUACUCAACACAAUCAGACGCGUGGGGUCAUCUGUUCAAGUAUCACUUCAAAGCCUCUUCGAAGCAACGAGAAGUCAUCAUCUCACGUUCCCAAUGGGUAAUGGAUCAUGGAGAAUAUCUCACGUUCACGUGCCGAAAUGAUGUGCAGAGACUCCUCAACGAGCUUGAGGAUUAUAUCACAAGCUUAGAGAGAAUGGCCUCUCAAAUCCAACAUGGGGUUUCGGAGAAUGGAAAGUUUGACCGCGACACUUAUAAGAUCCCGUCAAGUCUUGUUGACGCCUUUCAAAAUUUUGUGAUAAUGGUUGUGACUGGAGCAAACGCGGUCAAGUCCUCGUAUCAACUUCGAGAAGUGUAUACAGAUGUCAACUCCCUUCCAACAGUCAUCAAUUUUCUUGAUUCAGAUAAGAUCACAAACCUUGCCACUGAGGCUGAAGAGGCUAUGGGAAAUGCCAUGAAAGAUAUCGUACUCAUGACCUUCACAAAUGAGGAAUCUGGCGUCGUGACCUAUCAAGCUGUGAGCCCCAGCCUGGUGAUCACUCUCCUACUGGGGGACAUCCGGUACAGCAACCAUGGCAAUCUCCACUUGAUCGGCAUUUACGAGAAAUAUAUACAGUUUCUGCAAUUCAAAGCCGGCGACUAUCCCAGUCGCCGUUUGAUGCAGGAAAUAUACACCUUCCGCGAGGAACUUCUGAUGGUCGAAAAAGUCGCCGAGGAGCAACGCCAGAUUCUCAAUGAUUACCGGAGCGUCCUCCGACCAUCAACAUUCCGGAUCACCACCGAGUCUCGAAUCUCUUCAUUCGAAUUGGAGAAUAGACGCUUGAGCAAGCUCCUCGAUCGUAUUGAUGAGGACUGCGAAUUGAUCCAAACUCUUCUUAAUAGGCUUGAAUCAAUAGCCACUCAAACGCGGAACGGGGUAGAGGUGCGGCAGGAAGAUCAAGGAAAGGCGAUUCUGGUCUUUACCAUCGUGACGGUAAUUUUUAUGCCACUGUCAUUUGUAACGAGCUACUUGGGCAUGAACACGAAUGAUAUACGCAACAUGGAAAACUCCCAGAAGCUGUUUUGGAUAGUGUCUAUUCCUCUCACGGUUUUCAUUAUCGCUGCCAUUCUGCUUGUUGCGUUUCAGGUAGAUCGACUUCGGGAAGCUCUUGAGAUAUUGUUUUCGCGUGAUUAUGUACAACCACUCACAAAGUCGGCCAAUUCCCUUUCUGGAGAGGAAGAGAGGCGCGAGGAUCAGAAAGGAAACGAAUUCUUUCAUUCCUUACCGAGUGUGGGCUCUUCAUCGAAGCAAUGGUUUCGGAGAAGGAGAGGUGGGAAGUGGAUGGCCACAUCGACAGACUCAUCGUUCGCUUGA